AUGUCGAACUCGAACAGAUCAAAAUCAAAUAAGAGCUUCUUCAUGCCACUAUUUUGUCGAGUCUCCAUAAACGACACCGUCAAACCUGCCAAAAUCUCGGAAACCCCCGCCACAGAUCCUUCAUCACCAAAACUCAGCUGUAUAGGCCAAAUCAAGAAGAGAUCCACCACCACCACCACCACCAACAACAACAACAACACCAACCGUUUCCUCGCCUGCAGAUUCUCCGCUUCAACCAACGCGAAAUCCUCCGUCUAUUCCAGCUUCAGUUACACUAAACUCCACAGACUCUUCUCCGGCAAAAACCUAAUUUCUCCAGCUAUUGACACUGCUUCUAUCAACAACUGUAGCAGUAAAUGUAUUACGAAUCGAAGCAACAGUUGCAACAGCAGAGGAAGAAGAGGUGUUAACACGAAGAAAUAUUACAUGACUAGUAGUGAUGAUCCGGUUCUAAUGAGAGUUAUGGUGGCGGAAGAAUUAGAUCCGCCGUUGCCUGUGGUGAAAUGUGGCCGCCGAGAUCAGGAAACGAACGUAAAUCUAUGGAAGCGACGUGGAAUCGAAAUGAAAACACUCCAGAUUCAGCCGAUUCAAUUGUCCAUGGAUCAUCAUAAUACUAACAAUAACAAUGUCAAUCGCAAUUUUUCACUUCAAACAUCCGCAAAAACCUUUUGA